AGAGAGAGAGAGAGUGUGAUUAAAUAAAAAAAAUAUAAACUUUGUACCGUGUUGUAGCUUGUAGUAAGAAAAGAAGAGAGGUGAAAAUAAAAAAAAACACAAAUACAAGAAUGAUGAGAGACUUGUCGUUCGGCGACUUGACCAAAUCUUAAUCAGAGCUCUUAACUGUUUCUUCAUUGACAUAUAGAAAGAUCAUAAGUUGCGAGCAAGAGACCAUUCUUUCUUUCAACUUUUAUUAAUAUUCUAUAGCAUUUGUUAAUUGAUCUUCUUCUUCUUCUUCCUCAUCCCUUCGAUUACUUUUAAUUUAUAAAAAAAUAACUAUAUAAUCAGGUUGAUCCCUCCUUUUAGAUCUACAAGUGAGAAAUUUCAACUACCACUAAAGAUUUCAUCUUGCAAAAGUGCCUUCUUCUUCUUCACUGAUCCAUAUUGUGUGUGCAAGUUCUUAUGUUGUGUUACAUUCGAAUGAGAUGAGGAGGGAUGCUAUCUGCCUUGAUGAACUUCCUCAAUGCCUGUCUCUGGCCCCACUCCGAUUCAGCCUCAGUUUCUUCUGGCGGCGGCGGCCGUCAAGAGGGUCUCUUGUGGUACAGAGACUCCGGUCAUCACGUCUUUGGUGACUUCUCCAUGGCCGUUGUUCAAGCCAACAACUUGCUCGAGGACCAGAGCCAGCUCGAGUCUGGCCCUCUUAGCACCAACGGCUCUGCUGGUCCUUACGGCACAUUUCUUGGCGUCUACGAUGGCCACGGCGGCCCUGAGACUUCCCGCUUCAUCAAUGAUCAUAUGUUCAACCAUCUCAAGAGAUUUGCUGCGGAGGAACAGUGUAUGUCACCGGAAGUGAUAAAGAAAGCCUUCCAAGCGACUGAAGAAGGCUUCCUAUCCAUAGUCACCAAUCAGUUCCAGACCAGGCCUCAAAUAGCCACCGUUGGCUCAUGCUGCCUUGUCACCGUCAUCUGCGACGGGACGCUCUACGUGGCCAACGCGGGUGACUCACGUGCCGUGCUGGGACAAGUCAUGAAGGCAACCGGCGAUGUUCACGCCACUCAGCUCUCGGAUGAGCACAAUGCGUCUAUAGAGUCAGUGCGAAGGGAGCUUCAGGCCCUGCAUCCGGACCAUCCGGAUAUAGUGGUUCUGAAGCAUAACGUUUGGAGAGUAAAAGGAAUCAUUCAGGUUUCAAGAUCCAUUGGGGAUGUGUAUCUGAAACGGUCGGAGUUCAACAGGGAACCGCUGUACGCGAAAUUCAGACUGAGGGCACCGUUCAGCAGGCCGUUACUGAGUGCAGAGCCGGCGGUGACGGUGCAUAGGCUGAAGGAGCAGGACAAGUUUAUAAUAUGUGCGUCAGAUGGACUAUGGGAACAUAUGAGUAACCAAGAAGCAGUAGAGAUGGUGCAGAACCAUCCGCGUAACGGGAUAGCAAAGAGGCUGGUGAAAGUGGCGCUACAAGAAGCGGCGAAGAAGAGAGAGAUGAGAUACUCAGACCUGAAGAAGAUAGAGAGAGGGGUGCGAAGGCAUUUCCACGAUGAUAUAACGGUGAUUGUUGUGUUCUUGGAUGCAAAGCCUGGUGAGGUGAAAGGACCGGCGGUGUCAGUGAAAGGCGCGGGUGUGAGCAUUCCCAAGAAAACAUAGGCGCCUUGCUAGCUGCUACCAACACGCCCACUCUCAAGCUGCUUUGACUCCAACGUUUUAUGAUGACCAAAGAAGUGUAAACUAAUGAAUGAAUUAUUGUGAUUGAAAAAUGAAGUGGUAGUUUUGUUUCCUUUUGUUAGUGACUGGAGAAAGAAAGACACAAAAAAAAAAACAGAAUUAUUACUUUUGAAUAACGCUCUCUCUGUUUUCUUCUGUAAAAUCAAAGAUGAAGAUGGUUGCCAAA